CUAAAGAUAAAAAGUUCACGUCUUUCUGUGCAGUAGUUUAGAUCAUAAAAAAAUUUGUCAAGUGUCAUUUGUUAAGUUUGACAAUUAAAUGCUCCGACAUGCAGUCAGUUGAUUUACAUAUGAUUUGUUUGUUUUCUAUCUUCUUUAGCUGGGGGAAGAAUUACAGUUUAGCAUUGGUGGACAACACAUCCCCUUUGGUGCAUCGCCACAGGAUGUUUGGACCGAAUUAGGUCGACCAUGCGGAAUCCAUCAAAAACAGGUUGAUCAAAUGGUGAUUCAUUCUGCGUCAGAUCUCCGGCCGAGGACAACUCUUUGUGGUGAUUACUUCUACAACUACUUUACUCGUGGCUUAGAUAUACUGUUUGAUGGGCAGACACAUAAAAUCAAGAAAUUUGUCUUGCACACCAACUAUCCUGGGCAUGCUGAUUUUAAUUCAUACAUGAAGUGCAAUUUUGUUAUCCAUUGUUCUGAUUUUGUAGGGUCUUAUCAUCAGGAUGUAAACUCCUCUAAAGCCACUAUUACAGCCAGCACAAAAUGGGAACAAGUUAAGGAGAUACUAGGGGAUUGUGGUCGAGCUGCUAUCCAGACGCAAGGCUCUGCGAGCAAUCCGUUUGGAUCUACCUUUGUAUAUGGCUACCAAAAUCUUGCCUUUGAGGUGAUGAAGAACGGUUACAUUGCGACUGUAACUCUAUUCCAGUCCUGAUCAUCUAUGUGGCUGCCUGUUGGUAUUGUACAGUUCAAUUACUUGAGGAAAGCAGGUCUGCUUUUAACUGACCGUCAUGGUGGAAAUGUAUCUACUGUAUAUUUGUUUAUACUUGUACAGUUUAUUUUAUAAUUGUCGUCUCUUGUAAACUUAUAUACAUAGCUUUCAACUUCUUGCAAUACAAGACCCGUUACUUCAUU